AUGGCUGAUUUUAACAAACCAGAGAGAGAGCAACCAGAGCCAGUGGCCUCCUGCAGCAGUCAGAAGCUGUUCCAGAAAGACAGCAUGAUGAAGAAAAUGCAAGAGGAGAAUGAAGAGAUGGCUAAAAAGUUGAGAGAGCUUGAGGAGGACACAGAAAGAGUCGAAGCGCUCAUUGUGGCAGAGAGGAGAAAUAAUCUGCAGUUAGAUAUGCAGAGAGCUCUAGCAGAGUUUAAGGUGGAACAGAUGGAGAGAGAUAGAGCUAAUCAGAUGCUCAUGAUGGAGUUAAUGAGCACAGUAAAGAAUCUGAAAGAAGCUCAGGAUCACAGAAAUGAGGAGAGAGACACUAAAAGGAGAGACAGAGCAGACGACAGGAACAAUGUCGUUACUCUUAAAUUAGGGGGUGUGGAAGCUAUGUUUUUUGUUGACAGAAAGCAUCAGGACGGAGAGGAGUCCGAGCUGGAGAACGAGAGGAGGAGACGCUCUGCGGCAGAGAGAGAAAUCCAAGAGAUGGUGGCUUCCUGGAAAGAGCAGAGCAGGACCUGGCUUCAGCAGAUGCAAGAGAAAGACCACAUGGUGGAACAACUCAGAGAGGAGAAGAAGGAGAUGGCCAAGAGGAUACGAGAGCUUGAGAAGGAAAACGAGACACAGAAUGAUCUCAGAAAGAUGGAGCUGAAUCAUCUGCAAGAACAAAUGCAGGAAAUAUUUACAGAAUUUAAGAAAGAGAUGGAGGAGAGAGAAAUCACUCACCUGGAGCUGACAGAGCAAUUACUGGCAAAGAUAGAGGAUCUGGAGCAAAACCAGGCUCAGAUAGAAGAGGAGAGAGAGCAGCUCCAGAAGGAAAGACAGAAAGACCUGCAGAAGAGCAGGACAGAGGAUAAAGAAGUCGAGACGGAAAGUCUGUCUGAUGCUAAGAUGGACGCAGAAAUGCAGACUGAAGAGUUUGAAGAGCAAAACAACCUGAAGGUGCAAGAGCUGGAGGAGCAAAACAACCUGAAGGUGCAAGAGCUGGAGGAGCAACACAACCUGAAGUUGCGAGAGGUGGAGGAGCAAAACAACCUGAAGGUGCGAGAGCUGGAGGAACAAAACAGCCUGAAGGUGCAAGAGCUGGAGGAGAAAAACAGGCUGAAGGUGCGAGAGCUGGAGGAGCAAAACAGCCUGAAGGUGCAAGAGCUGGAGGAACAACACAGGCUGAAGGUGCAAGAGCUGGAGGAACAACACAGGCUGAAGGUGCAGGAGCUGGAGGAACAAAACAGCCUGAAGGUGCAGGAGCUGGAGGAGCAAAACAACCUGAAGGUGCAGGAGCUGGAGGAGAGGAACGCUACCCUUCUGCGACACAUCAAUGAGCUCCGGACUUUUAUCUCAGUCUUUACGGAGCGAGGAGAAAUAGCAGAGUCGAGGAUACAGGUCUUGGAGAAAGACAAAGAAGACUGGAUUGAAGAGAGAGAGAGAUUGAAGAAACAGAUAGCAUUAUGGGAGGAAGCGUCAGAAAAAUGGGAGAAACAGAAACAGUGCUUAGAGGAAGAGAGAGAGAGCUGGAAGAAGGAGAGAGAGAGCUGGGAGGAAGAGAAAAAGCGCUUAGAGGAAGAGAGAGAGACCUGGAAGAAGGAGAGAGAGAGCUGGGAGGAAGAGAAAGAGCACUGGGAGGAAACGAAGAGGAGCUGGCAGGUGGAGAAAAUGGACUGGGAGAAAGACAGACGCAAGUGGGAAGAAGACAGGAAGACGUUUCUGAAGGAGAGAAAUGCAAUGAGAAAUAUGUUCACUCCUGUAAUUCAAGAACCAGGUUCGUUUCUCGCAUUAGACACGGAAUACAAAGCUGAAAUCGUUCUCACUUCUGUCUUCCUGCUAGCUUCUUCUUCUUCUUCUUCUUCUCACACCUCAUCUCAGUCUCUCCAUCAUACACACAGUGUGUUCCUCUCUUACUCUAUUAUUCUGCUUUCAUGUGCGAUUGAAUUUUAUGUUCAUUUAUUUCCUCCUUGCUGCAUGACUGCUUUUGAGUUGAGUUAGGAGUGGGUGAUAGAAGCAUUAGAGUCAAUACUGGGAUUAUUAUUAUUAGUAUAUUAUUAGGUUUAGGAAGAAAGUGUAAUAAAUGAACUUUGUACACAUCAUGAAGGUCAACAAUCAUCACACGUUAAAGCACUGAGCGUUAGUGUUGGCUGU